AUGUCUUCGCAGAUACCAGGAAGAGUGACGAAACGUGCCAUCCGCUCUGCUCUCAGGGCAUACCCAGCGGUAUUGUCACCCGCAACAGACGCCUCGACAUCUUCUAUAAGAUCAACCUCACCCUCUUGUCCUCCGUUGUCACUGUCUCAGUCAGCUAGGACCCUUUCGACCUUGCAGUCAGCCAGCACACGCGCUCAGCAUCUCAAGAAAACCCAUCCAUCCCCCUCCAUAAACUACUGUCUACACGCCGCCGCCAUGUCUACCAUGCCUGCUACCCAUGGCCAUAACGAGGCCUGCUGUAAUAUCCCACCCGUCAUUACGUCGGGGUAUGUUCCCAAGGGUUCAUAUGAAGAGCUCGGAGGCCUGAAAACAUACGUCACCGGAGCUUCUGACGCGACCAAGGGUAUUGUCGCCGUGUUUGAUAUUUUUGGAUAUGUCGACCAGACCGUUCAGGGAGCCGACAUUCUCGGAGCCAGUAGCGGUAACAAAUACAAAGUGUUUAUGCCUGACUGGUUCAAGGGAAAUCCAUGUCCCACUGAGUGGUACCCUCCAGACACUGAGCAGAAGCAGAAAGAUCUUGGUGCCUGGUUUGGGAAUAAUGCUCCACAUGGAGUUGCUGACGCGCUGCCUGGCUACGUCGAGGCCCUCAAGGCUGCGAACCCAUCUAUCCAAUCUUGGGCUCUCAUCGGUUACUGCUGGGGAGGCAAGGUCACUGAACUUGUGACUUCUCGUGACUCUAAUCCAUUUUCCAUUGCUGCUGGUAUCCAUCCGGCAAUGGUAGACACCGCCGGUGCUGACAAAAUUCGAGUGCCGUAUAUGCUCCUUGCAUCCCAAGAAGAGCCAGCUGAUAUCAUCAAGGAUUUUGAGAGCAAAUUGAACGUUCCACACCAUAUUGAGACUUUUGGUGACCAGGUUCAUGGCUGGAUGGCGGCGCGUGCUGACCUUGCCGAUCCCAGGUCGAAGGAGGAGUAUAUUCGUGGCUACAAGACCGUUCUUCGCUUCUUCAACCAACAUUGGUGA